AUGAUACAAUAUGGAUACCUGGGCUACAUUCUUCUGUUCAUCUUUGCUGUUAUUUUCUUCCUUGCUCUGGAUCGUUCUAAAUCCUCCAGUGCUCUCCCAGGGAACAACAGGCUGUUCCCUGUAAUUUUAUCGUUGCUGUUCCCCAGCUUAGACCUGCAGCUUCACGAUAAAAUUGCAGAAGUUCUUGAAAUAAGCAAGCGUACGGUUCAUAUCGACCGGUACUCAUGGUUCACCGGUAGUGCCAAAAUCUUGGUCACGAGCGACCCUGCGGGCGUGCGCCACGUACUGAGCACGAACUUUUCCAGGUACCCCGAAGGGUUGAAAUGGAGGGAGAAGAUUGAUAUUCUCGGAGACACUCUUUUCAGCGUUGAUUUGGAAGAGUUGGAGCAGGAAAGGAAACUGGUUUGUGGUUUCACCAGUCACCAGAAAUUCCACCAGUUCAUAACGAAGAUCAUCUGGGAGAGUAUAGAGAAGGGGCUCAUCCCUGUGCUUGAACGCGUAUCUGAACGAAGUUUGGCUGUUGACCUCCAGGAUUUGUUCCGAAAACACAUCCUUGAUAUUGCUUGGAUGAUGGGUGUCGGCUGUAACCCCAACCCUCGGAAGAUGCCUGUGAGGCAUCUUUUUCCCCGUUAUUUAAUGCCUGAAAGUUUGUGGAAGUUACAAAGGUGGCUAGGAAUUGGCAAGGAAAAGAAACUAAAAGAUGCUUGGAAAACCAUUGAUCGUGUCAUUGCGGAAUGUAUAUCUAAGAAGCAAGAAGAAUCAACCGAAGGACUCUUUAAUUUCGAAGGUUUUUAUUACUCCACUGGACAUGAUGAUCAGGCCUUAGGAUCCGCACCAACUCGUAAAGGCUUGAGGGACAACGUUAUCAGUCUCAUAUUUGCUACACAAGACACAAAGACAGUUCUGACAUGGUUCGUCUGGAUGGUUUCUAAGCAUCCAUCUGUGGAAGCCAAAAUCAGAGACGAAAUAGCAAAAGUUUCACAGGAAAGCCAGGAUGUCAGCAGCAGCAAGAGCGGAACACCAUUUCAGCCACAAGAAUUGAACGAACUAGUUUAUCUGCAUGCAGCAUUAUGCGAAACAUUAAGACUAUUCCCACCAGGACCCGUCCUGUCAAGAACAGCUCUUCAACCAGACACCCUUCCGAGUGGCCACAGAGUUUAUCAAAAUGCAAUCAUUCUGAUUGCUGUACACGCAAUGGGAAGGAUGACAUCGGUUUGGGAAGAGGAUUGCCAUGAAUUCAAGCCACAGAGAUGGCUCACCGAAGGAGGAGAUCAUCAGAUCAAACAUGUGCCACAUUACCAGUUUGUAGCCUUCAGUGCAGGUCCCUGGAUUUGCCUAGGGAAAGAGUUGGCUUUUACCAUGGUGAAAGCCACAGCAGCAACCAUCAUUCAUAACUACAAAAUUCAGAGACCGAGGGAUUACCCUGUCAAGCCCGUGAAUGGUGUCUUCUAUCACAUGAAGCAUGGCUCGGCGGCUAGGAUCAAAAAUGGAUGGACUUGA